GCCCAAGUGGCCUAAAACCCUGCCGCUCUCCUCUUCCCCCACUCCACCCCAGCCCAGAAAACUGUCGCCCCGCCGCCGCAACGCAUCACGCUUCCUCCGAUCCCCUCUGCCCCCCUCCCGGAGCUAAGCACCCAUCCCACCCAAAUGGCGGCGGCGGCGAGGAACCUGGUGCUACGGCACCUCCGCUUGGCCGCGUCCCCCGCGUCGUCGGUGGCCCUCAGGCCGGCAGCGGCGCUGCAGGGGGCCCUGUCGGGGCGGCGGUGGAUGUCGUCAGAGGACGCCAAGGGGUCGUUCCUGGACAAGGACGAGGUCACCGAGCGCACCAUCAAGGUCGUCAAGAACUUCCAGAAGAUCGACGACCCAUCCAAGGUGAAAGCAGAUGCCCACUUCAAGGAUGAUCUUGGCCUGGACAGUUUGGAUGCAGUAGAGGUUGUUAUGUCCUUGGAAGAGGAAUUUGGCUUUGAGAUACCUGACAAUGAAGCUGACAAAAUUGACUCCAUUAAAGCUGCAGUGGACUUCAUCGCCUCGCACCCCAAAGCCAAAUGAGCAAAGGGCUUGGUCCUCCACUUGUUCAAGUCUUUACCGCCAUGAAGCUCGUGUUCAGAUGAGAAACAAUUCCUCUGCAUGCUGUAUGUUUCUGGGGUUGUGCGCCAUGUUCAAUUUCGAGCACCGCCUUUUCCGAAUAAUAUUUUUGAUAUGAGAAGGAUAACGUAUUCCUGUAUGGAGUUUUCUUAAAGAUCUCUGUCCUGAGUCUCCGGUUUGUUUUGAAGACUGAGUUGCGAUUUUGAUUGUGUAUGACCAACUGAAGUAUCAAUUUACUCAUAUAUGCGCUGAAUGUUUGUAAUACAAGUCGUAUCAUCGUUUGCUUGUUUGAA